CCUGGCUAUCAAUAGGAGUGACAGGGCUGUGCAUAUAAGAUAUGACGAACUCACAUCAUUGAAUACUACUGAACAAGAUGGAAGAACAUAGACAUGUAAGCAUGUUUUUUCAGAAUUCAUCAGAAUCGUGGAUAUCACUGAAAACAAAUAAAUACUCCCGUCCAGUAUUGAGUGUACACAUCAAGUGUGGGAAGGAUAUAUCCCACGUGAUGCUUGCAGUCAACAACCGACGGGGGUCACUCAAGCACCUGUUUGUUCUGAAGGCUGGCAAGGAUAUGGAGCGGUCAGUCCCGGAUCUGGUCACAGUCCAGGUGUUCGGACUGAAGAUUGACACUGGACAGAGCGGCGACAGAUACCCCUUUGCAACAUCGUAUACUGUGGAAACAACUCGCAAACUUGUCAUCUCUCCAACUUACCAGACACAAGAGUUGGACUUGAGUUGUGGGUUCUCCUCUCUUGGUCACGUGAUGCACCUGUUGGGGGAGACUCAGGAUCGAUUAGAGAUGGAGGUGGUACACAAGCCACCACUGGACUACAGCCUCAAGCCUACAGGACCUUCUGACAGCGAGGCAGGUCUGUGUGUUGUGUUCUGUGAGAGAAGUCAGAAGGAGUACGUUGUGAUGUCGUCUGCCCCGGUCAGCGCCAGCAUCCCACUCCUGCCUGUCUGUCGGUCCAGGACCAACUACAAGGUCAAGGUCGUGGGACUCACAGGUUCCAGUGUGGACCAAACUGGACAACGGUCAGCUGUGUGUCAGGACUACACACCAACUGGUGGAUCAGACACCAUCACUGUCAAGACAUGCAAUACUAAGGCAGAUCUCCAGCAGCUUCUGGACAAAGCAAAGACCUUUUGUUCCAAGAACCUGCAAACUCCAGGCAGAUAUAAUGUUACGAGGUUCUACCGCAACAAACCUGAGUCCUACUAUGAUAACAUCAUGUCCAACAGAGCUGGAGUGAUGGAGAAGUACCUGAAGGACAACAAUGGCGACCCAUAUUGUCCAAUCAACAACACAAUCAAUGGCCUCUUCUUCAGCGGAUCAAAGAACAAAAAGAAAAUACCGAACUUCUCCUUCUUCGGAAACAGACGUCUUUUCAUCCCGGUGGAGGAACUGUUCACAUCAGACACCAGGAUGUACUUCUCAGACUUUUACUGUCACAAGGAAACACAUUACGUCACAGUUGUGGUCACAAAGAGGGGAUCAGCUGAAGACAGAUUCAGUGAGGGGAGGCUUCCUGAACUGGAUUUGCACCUCAACCCAUUUUUCACUGUCAGAGAAGGCCCCACACUCAUGUCACAGUUUGUAUCAUGCUCACGAAAAGUUGAAGACAUUCUUAGAGGAUACUCGAGAAGUUCCAUGUCCAGACAGAAAGAUGUUCCGAAGACGUUCAAGAUGGUGUCUGUCAACAAGUUCCAUGUGGAGUUUCUGUACACGGAGGAUGUCGACAUCAGGGGCUUGAUGGACAAGUGUGGGGAGGACAAGGUGUAUUUUAAACAUGUCCGUGUCCGUGGGAGGGGACGCAGCAAGAAGGAGGGAAUUCCUAAGAAGCUUGACUGUCCAGACUGCAGCUUUGACCCUUAACCCGAACAUGAUGAGUUGCAUCCAAGGGGUGACAUGAAAUGAGGUUAUAUGCCUGUAUGACAUCACGCUAACCAUUUUUGGAGAACACCUG